GCUUCACACACCGGCGCCCAUACGCGACCAUGACCACCGUUGUCGCCAAUCCCCCGGCCCCUGCCCAGCAUGCGGCACCAGCGUCAGUCGACGGCGUCGGCUCCUCGAGGACAUAUGCACCCAUUGCGCCCUCGACUUCCUCUCCCCACCAACUGACGCCCACCUCGCGCAACUCUAAACUGCCACCUCAGGACAAUGCUUCACCUACCGCCUCCAGUCCAGGUGCACAGCACAGAGUCGAGGCCAAGCGCUCACCUCUUUCGUCCCGCGGCCCCGCUCCCAAGAUUGUCGUCAAGAAGGAGCCCUCUUCGCCCGACAUGCCCACCACCACGACUCGACACCGGCCCCAGCGCCUCAACCUCUCGGCCAACCACAACAUUGUCCACUCGUCGGGCGCCCUCACCGCACGCCCUUCGGGCCAGGGCUCCGCCAACCUCCACGAUGUCGGCCUCGCCUGCCUGUCGCCUGGCUUCCACACCCAAGACCCCACCAUGCGCGAGCAGCUCCAGCGAAGCCUCGAUGUAAGAGAGCGCCAGAGGCAGAUUAUCGAAGCACGCCAGAAGCACGGCAAGGGCGGCCCUGCAGACGCAGACGAGCCCCGCCCAGGCACAGAGAUUGGUGCCUUUGGACGCACCAUCAAGACGCCCCAGACGUCCCGCCGCAAGGGCCCUCCUCCCGCUCUGUCGAUUGCUCCUCCUUCGCACCAGUCCUUUACCAAUGACCGCGUCAUCCAGUCCGCUCCCCUCAACCAAACCUUUACCGGUCUCCGCAGCAACGCUCCCUCGAGGCAGCCCGCCAACGGCCCAUCCAAUCUGUCGCAGUCGUCGCACAUUCACCAUGUCCCGGCCCAGCAGACCAGCAACCGCUUGCCUCCCAUUUCAGACGUAUUUCCAGAGCCCCUCGGAACGGCACGAAAUGCCUACCACACGGGCAGCCCUGGCCACUCGUCGCACUCCAACGUGCAGCACCCAAUGCAGUCGCCCAGCUUCCCGCCUCCGCAGUUCACCCAGCCCCCGCCCACAUCCAGGCCCCGUGAGUACAAGUCGGCCGAGGAGGCUGUCCAGCAAAUGUCGGGCGGCCGAGAGGACCUGUUGCCCCGCCUGGUUCACUAUGGUGGCCACCAACCGCCUACGCCCCCGUCGCCCAUGCCCAGCAAGAACGCCUCUUCAUCACACACGGCACGCCCUGAAUCCCACCGGAGCGGCAGCGCCCGAAGACGCGGCCGCGACGAGUACGAGCACGACAACGGAACCCCUCCGCUAGGCCGCCAGCAACCUCGCCACGGUCCCUUUGGCGCUGGCCGUGACUCGCCCGAGACGCAGCUCAGGAAAAAGGAAGAAUUCAUUGCUCUCUGCGCCAGAGCCUGGGAUCUGUUUCACUCGUAAUGUUUGUUGCCGUCAGACUUAUCCAUGUUUCCUUUGGUUAAUUUGUUGUUUUCCAUUCACGGCGCACUCCGGAGUUCUCGCCUACCAUUUCCAUACGUCUUUUUUUUUAAGAGCACCAGCGGUCUAUUGGCACGCAGGGUUAUACCCCAGACACACGCACCUUUUUUACUAUGUCCCAUUUCGCCAUUUCACCAUUUACCAUCUGGGCCGCCACUUCUCGUCUCAAGUUUUCUCAUAUUGGGUUAUGUUCACAUGAGUUGGAAUGCGAGGAGACGGGACGUUGGUGACGUUUUGCUACGUGGCUGAGGGCCUUGUUUGAAACACACCAUGUCUCAUGACCAUUUUACCACACCC